UGUGUGCAUGUCCUUCUCCUCCCUCCCCAUCUACAAGAAGGUUCAGCUGUGGAGGCAGACGGGAGAUCCGUGCAGCACUGAGAGCAACUGACUCGAAGGAGAAAGGUAGGAGGAAUCUCUAGCAUAGCAGAUCCACAAAUUCACCUUGGAAGAAGAGGAGACUACAAGGCAGCAUGAAGACCUCUGGGGCUGCCCUCAUCUUCCUCCUUCUUGUGGCUAUUCCAUCUGUGGUAUCCAAAAAUUCCUGCUGCGUCACAUAUGCCAAGAAACCAUUCCCAAAGCACCAGAUAACGGACUAUUGGUACCUCACCUAUCCAUGCAAGCGUGAUGCUAUAGUAUUCAAAUUCAAGAAUGGUAAGUUGGGCUGUGCUAAUCCAGACGACGAAUGGGUGCAUGAUCUUGUGGCACAUGUGGAUAAGUUGUAUGAACGCCCUUCUCCUGGCAACUACAGACCCCUCAGAAGGAAAAGGAACCCCUGAACCUCAACAACUUCUUUGCUGUUUUGGUGAACUUGCUUUCUGCCUAUCUCUCUCCACCUUCAAAAACAAAAUGACUCCUUAAUGGCUGGACAGAGUCUUCAUCCAAGGGUCUCUGUGGCUAUCAAGGGAGUUUGUCAAAUGCCCUUUUCUUAGUUAAGUGUACUUGCCUGGCAUAACUGUCAUUGUUUCAGGGUUUCUGUUCAUGCAAACAAUUGUCUAUUUACAAGCAGUUUUGAAAGACCAACAUGUAGUGCAGGACAAAUCUAGUUCCAUACCCCUUAGUGCAUGUGAUUUACAUACUAACUACCAGGUCUACCCAAAAAACAUUUUCGCUUCUACACUGAUGAAAAAGAGCUUGCGAACAUAUAACUGCUUCAUAUUGUAUACCUGCUUCGGCUACCUGCCCUUCCUCUGCUCUGAGUAUGCUUGCAGAUCAGUUCUCCUGUUGGCUUCCGAAAAUAAAGAUGCAAACUGC